AUGGCGGCGCUGGGCCGCGCGGGGCGGGCGCUGCUGAGGCCGCGGGGGGACCCGGCCGGGCGGCGCGGGGUGCGGGCGCUGCGGCGGAGCCCGGUGCGGGUGCUGCAGCCGCAGAGCCCCCGGCAGAGCCCCCGGCAGAGCCCGCAGAGCCCCGCGGAGCGCCCGCAGCCGCCGGCCGCCGUGGAGCGCAGCGCGGCCGCGCCGGGACUGUGGUACGAGAAGGCGGCGCCCGGGGACCGCAGGCUGGGAAAAGUGGUGACUAUUGCCAAGUCAAAGAAGUUUCGGGAUAAUAACGGGAAGGUUCUGCUGGAGGGGCACAGGCUGAUCAAGGAUGCACUGGAGGCAGGAGCUGUGCCACAGACACUCUUCUUCAGCACUGUGGGGCACCUGAAGCUGCUGCCUGAGGCAGAGAUAAAACGAGCCAGCUUGGUUAAGGUGAAAUUUGAAGACAUUAAGACCUGGUCUGACCUCGUAACUCCUCAGGGGCUUCUAGGCAUCUUUUCCAAACCUGACCCUGCCAAGAUGUCCUACCCUGCAGCUCAGCUCGCCAGCUCCCUGCCACUGCUCCUCAUCUGUGACAACAUCCGAGAUCCAGGAAACCUGGGGACUAUUCUGAGAUCUGCAGCAGGAGCAGGCUGUGAGAAAGUGCUGCUCACCAAAGGCUGUGUGGAUCCAUGGGAGCCAAAAGUGCUCCGUGCAGGCAUGGGGGCUCAUUUCCGUGUGCCCAUCAUCACCAACCUGGACUGGGAAUCUGUUCCCACCAAGCUCCCAGCCGGUAUCCAGGUCUGCGUGGCCGACAACAACCCCAGCGCUCCGGCCGGCACCACGUCCGUGCCAAGAGGGGCUGACAGGGCUGGCUCAGCUCCCGCCAGCCCAAAAGCUCCUGUGAAACCCAGCCCUGAGGACCUCAUGCUCCAACCUCCUGAGCACGAGGGUGAGGAGGGAGCAGCAGGAAUCCCAGAGCUGGCUGCACAGCAUUACUACGAGGACUGGGCACGAGCUCCAGUGGCCGUGGUGAUCGGAGGGGAGACCCACGGCCUGAGUCCGGCUGCACUUCGGCUUGCAGCCAGCACGGGGGGGAAGAGACUGGUCAUUCCCGUGGUGCCAGGUGUGGACAGCCUGAACUCUGCCAUUGCUGCUGGCAUCAUGCUGUUUGAGGGCAAGAGGCAGCUGCUGUGGAGGCACAAGCAGGAGGAUGACAGGCACAAGUUGCCUGUGCCAGGCUGAACUGCUGUGGUUUGGGGGAUGAAGGAGCACCUCUUGCCUUUGGUUCCCAUGAGAGUUAAUAAAAGAGCAGCUCGGGCUGUUUGGUUUGUAGUAAAUGAA